AUGAUACGCAACUUGUAUCCGGAGCAGGUCAUCGUCUUCGAAGAAAUGGCCGUCUCGAAAUCGUGGUUCGACAAGCACGUUGAACUUGAGCUGGAUCGUGUCACAAAGACGCCUCUCAUCGACCUCCGAGAGCGCAUCGUUGUUCCAUCUGAGGCCUCAGAGAAAGCCUUGUCCGGCAUCCUUGGUGCAAUCAAGGCCGCUAUAUCAGAUGCUGCGCCUAUGGAGGUUGAGUACAUACCUCACGAUGGCGCCUGGCUCGCUGCGCAAGAAGAUUGGCUGGAUCAACUUGACAGCGUAAUCGCAGAAAGGGCUGCGCAACAAGCCCAGAAACAAUGGAACCAGCUUACCCCGGAUAGCGAUGUUGAGUUGGCACUGGAUCCCGCAGGUCUCCUCGAGACACUCACGGCCGGACAGGUCCUGGCUUCCUCCGCACAAGACUUCAUCAAAGGAAAGCUCGACGAGACUGGAAAAACAGCCUUUGACACCGAGAUCUCCCGACUAUCUGCCGAAAGCCUCGAAACCUUUUCCGCUCUCUGGCGCGACAGAGUCGACACGCGCUUCCAGCGCUACAGGCUCGGCGCGGACGCGAUACCAGACGCCAAGCUCCGCGAGCAGCUUCUCGAACUCCUGCAGACGCACGUACGUGCAGAGCUCAUCCCCGAGACGCUUUCCCGCGCGGAAGCGCAGGGACUGCUCAGGGGGAAGAAACUUAAGAAGAGUGUUGAGAAGCUGAAAGCUUCGCUCGAACUCGAUGGCAAAGACACCACCACGCCGCUUGCCCUGGAGACCCUAACCUCCACCCUCAACAAGUUCGCCACCAAGCUCUGCCCGUCCACCACCUCGCUCGCAGCCGCCAAAACGGCCCACCUGACCGACCUGCACCAAACCAUCCGGGCCCUCGACCGUGACAAAGACGGCCCGCGCCUCUUUCUCGCGCUUGUCGUCGUGCUCCUCGCGAAGUAUCAGGAUGGCGUGGUCUACGCGACGGGCAAAUUCGCGCCGAAGCUGAUGAGGUUGCUCAAGGGGCGGGUGAGUGAGGAGGUGUAUGGGAGGUUGGAGAGGCUGAAGGAGGGCGUGAAGAGUGGCAAAGCUGGGAGGGAGGAGAGGGAGGAGAUGAAGGAGUUGGCUGCUGCCGAUGGAGCUGAUGCGUAG